AUGGCCGAACCUGGCUCUCCACCAACAUGGAUGCCGCUCUCUCGAGCGGACACGAUCAAAGCCUCGUCGCGGUCCAACACCCCGUCCAAGGCCGACUCGGACCCGGACUCGCUCGAUCGAUCGCACGAACCGCUUUUGCAGCACCAGCACCAGCGACAGCAGCAGCAGCAGCAGCAGCAGCAGCAGGCGUUCCCUCAGCGGGGAUCGUCUUUGAUCGAGAACCACCACCACAAGCUCGACCACGAACACGAUCCUAGGGGGCCUGACCAGGGGAAUGACCAGGACACGGACCAAGACAUCGACGACGACAGGCUGACCCGACUGGCGGGGCCCUUCACACCGAGGUCGUCCGUAGGAGGCACCCCCAAGAGGAUCGCACAAGCACAAGCACAGGCACAGGCUCGGCAUCGGCUGUCCAAGAGGUGCAGCGACCUCAGUUUGCGUAGCCAUGCUAGCAAUGGCUCGCUCGUGCUUGCGCCGACCGUCGACCGGGAAGGCAACACCAUUUCCUCCAUCGAUGGACUGCCCUUGGACUUGGUGGGUGUUUGAGAACGGGAUCGAGCGCUACUUUAAUAUUCUGACGUCCCGUUUGGCUCUCAAUCAGCUGCAAUCGUUGUACCUCUCGCAAUCCGCUAUUCAAGCCAGCGCUGACUCGGACUAUGGGCACGAUCCGGGACCUUCGACCCCCGUCCUGCAACUCGACUACGACCAUCCCUCGACCGCCCCGAUGCUGCAUAGCAGCGGCGGCUCCUCCACCGCAUACGGCGGCCAUCACUCGAGGCAAUCGUCGGGCGCCUCGUUUCGCUCCGUCAGCUUCACGCAGAGGUCGACGUUCCCGCCGGUACGGAGGCUAGCCCAGAAGGAUCGGAGGAGGGUCCUGGUCACCGGCGGAGCGGGCUUCGUCGGUAGUCAUUUGGUCGUGAGUGAAUCAUGUGCUCACUUGAUCGAACAAGAGGCGGUGCUCAAAUCGGCUAUGCUUCACCUUUCCAGGACCGCUUGAUGUGCUCGGGCCACGAUGUCGUUGUACUCGACAACUUUUUCUCCGGUUCCAAAACGUCCAUCUCCCACUGGGGUAAGUGGUGGGGCUCAGAUGAAGACGAAGCGAACGCAAAGGCUGAUUUGUACUCCACAUUCUCUGCGAACCAGUCGGCCAUCCGAAUUUCGAACUAGUUCGAGCCGACGUGACCGAACCCUUCAUGGUCGAAGUCGAUCAGAUUUAUCAUCUCGCUUGUCCCGCUUCACCCAAGUCAGUCCUCUCGCCUCGAUCAAAGCAUCCUCCCCGGGGAAUUCUGACUCAGAACGUCCUUCUCUGUACUCACGCGCAGAGCGUACCAAGCCAACGCGGUCAAGACGCUCAAGACCAACUUCCUCGGCACCUUCAACAUGCUCGGUCUGGCCAAGCGUGUCAAAGCGCGAUUCCUCCUCUCCUCGACGAGUGAGAUCUACGGCAGUCCCGAACAACAUCCCCAGCAAGAAACGUAUUGGGGUCAUGUCAAUCCUGUGGGACCGAGGGCGUGUUAUGACGAAGGUGCGCUUUGGUGUUGCCCUUCGUUCAAACUUGAGUCCCACCUGACUUCUCUGCUAUUCAGGCAAACGAGUCGCGGAAGCCCUGACGUACGGCUAUCAUCGUCAAGACGGGGUCGAUGUCCGCGUCGCACGCAUCUUCAACUGCUACGGCCCGAGGAUGAAUAUGGACGAUGGGAGGUUGGUGUCCAACUUUAUCGUAGCGGCUUUGAAGGGGGAGCCGAUUCGGAUCUACGGCGAUGGGACAGCAACGAGGUCGUUGAUGGUAGGUCUCCAAUGAUCGUGACUACGACAUCUACUCCGGAAGAUCAGUAUCUAACCGUGGUGCUAUCGUCCUAAUCUCAUACAGUUCGUGCAUGAUUUGGUCUCCGGCUUGAUCGCACUAAUGGCCUCGACCUUUGUCGAACCGGUCAACAUCGGUUCCGAGGACGAAGCGACCGUCGCCGAAUGGGCGCACGUCAUCCGCGACACCGUUCACAAGAUGCGAAAGGACGGUGAGAUCCCUCGUCGUUCGAAUCUGUCCAGGCGCGAGGACGAGUACGAGGCGUAUUAUUCGCCUUCGUUGAGGGAAGGGAACGAGAAGAGGUUGAGCUUGACCGAUGGAAGACAACUUGCCGAAACGUCGGUGAUCGGCAGAGCGCAGGUGGAUGAGGAUGAAAUGUCCGAAAUUAUUUACGAGGCCGCUGUCGUUGACGAUCCGCCGAGACGUAGACCGGAUAUAUCGAGGGCGAGGCAAGAAUUGGGGUGGCAGCCGAGGUGGACCACGGUGGCCGGGAUCAGGGAGUGUAUUCUGUACUUUGCGAACGAACUCGAAGGCGAGUAUUGA